CUCUUAUGACAGGAAUGCCUCAGAACUCUAAAACUACAAGGAGAGGACAGAGGAAGCUAGCUGGCAGAGCUUUACAAAGCAGCUAAUAGGGUAAAUGAUACUAACAGUAGUAGGGGUAGUUGAUGCAAGACUCAGGAGUUUGCUAACUAAAAAGGCAGUCUAAAUGAUUAAUAGCAGUUCUUUACUCUAUGAUACAACAUUUAAAAAAGGAAAAGCACAAGGAUUUUUUAUUUGUUGCUCAAAAAUUCUGUAUUUGACUUUUAGUCUUCUGUCUUAAAGUUGUUGCGGACCGACAAAGGGGUUCCCUCAUUUUUCCCAUGGAUCAACCCGCAAGUAGCUGUAUGAGGAGUUCGCACCCUGGCAGCCCGCUGUGGGGGUGUGUGCGGAACCCCCAUUCCGGGGUACCCCAGCACGGAAUCCAGCCUUACCAACAAGCUCCCUUCUCGUUCCACCAGAAACCCGAAUUUUUGGCCUACACUGACUUCUCAACUUCCUGCUUGGUGUCUGCCCCUCACAGCUACCCCAGAGAGGACAGGCUAUAUGUGGACCAGCACUCGGGGUUCCAGCGCUCCGACUGGCAGUUCUCUCCCACAGAAGCCCGGACCAGAGUGGCCUCUUGCUUGCCCCCGAUCAGUGCAGAGGUGGACUCGGUCAGCACGAAUGGAGCAGUGGUAACAUCAGCAGGGGGCUUGGACGGAGACUAUGGUGUGCACAGGAUAGUCACGACGGAAACGGAGAAGAAAUCGGCCAAGCGGAAAAGAGAGCUUUCAGAAAAUCAAGACUCCAGUUACAAAUCUGAGUCAAACAGCAAAGCCAGGAAGGAGAGGACAGCUUUCACUAAGGAGCAGCUUCGAGAGCUAGAGGCAGAAUUCACCCAUCAUAACUACCUGACCAGACUGAGGAGAUAUGAGAUUGCAGUCAAUCUCGACCUUACAGAGAGACAGGUGAAGGUGUGGUUUCAGAACAGACGGAUGAAGUGGAAGAGAGUCAAAGGCGGACAGCCGGUUUCCCCCCACGAGCAGGAGACAGAUGAGGUGGACUCUGCUGCUUCUCCCAGCUCCGAGUAGAAUAACCAGAGUAGAAGCUCCAAAUAAAAACUGUCCAGUUAUCAGAAAACAAUGUGGGUGAUCCACAGCUGCAAGGACCAAACCAUGCUUCUUUCCAGGGACCCAAACCUUGAUUUGGAUAUGCAACUGGAAAUAUUGACUGUAAAAUACAAUUGUGCACAUAUCCAGUGUAAAUACUACUGGCACCCAAACAGGGAUAUCAAUGAUAUGGCUAGCCAAAUUUCUACUAUUAUCAAAGAGUUUAGCAGAUGUGAAAAUAAACUACCACAAGGACAACCACCUAGGGAGUUUAACAUUGGUGUUCUUAGUAAAAUAAAAAUGCUUGUACUUGCAUGUUAAGGGGGCUUGCUUCCUAUGAAUAAUAGGAAAUGUACAAUAUAGUGAAUUGAAAUGUGUAAAUAAGAGCUUAUCCUAAGCAAGAAUUCAGAUACUAUGGAUUUAAAAGAGACCAAUAUACAUAUAAAUUUUGCCUACAAGCUGACAUGAUGAAUGCUUUAAUAGCAUUAGAAAUAAUUCUUAAUGGACAUUGCUACAGUUCUUGGAUGGACAAAAAAUUGAAUUAUCACUCUGUCAGUAGGGUGUAGGGUCACCAUGGGCAUCAGGACAGAUUCAUAACAAUUUGUUCUACAUUCUCUUCAUGAUUCCUCUGUCCAGCUGACUUGCAACAGGGUAAUGCAGCUUUUAUAUAUUACAGAAUAUGUCAGGAAUGCCCAUGUGCUUCAAUAAACCAAAAUGGGCUGUAGCAAUGUGUGCUUGUGUCCAGGUGCAGUAUGUUAUGUCAUAUGCGUUAUAUGGAUGGCCAUUUUGUGCUUUAUUAAGCCAUUCCAUAAAGGUGGUUGUUUUAACAUAAUAUGACCUCCAGAGAUGUGUUAUAAUGAAAUACACACAAAUACAUUCUCAAUGUUUUUAUCAACAUUGAUAAACAAUUAAAGACAGUGCUACUUCAUUAUGAAAAAUAGGUGAAUUUUGACAUGUCUAAUAAACAAACUAAUAAUUAAUAACAAUGUAAUGAUGACAUUACAUCACCUGGUGCUAGUGCUAUGAAAACUGGUGUCUUUUUAUAAACAAAAAAGAGCAUUCCAAAUAAUUUGUGACAGCAAUUUUUAUCUCACAUACAUUUUCGUUUACAUGACAUUAGAUUAUACUGUAUUAUGAAAGAAUGAUAAUACAAAAUAGUUUUUUAAUAGUUACAUUUUAUUUUUUUACAAUCUACAAUUUGUAUUGCAAAAAAGAGAUGUAGCAUUUUGAAAUAAUAAACUGGUUGGAAACUGUUUUCUUUUCUCUUGCCCAUUGAAACUGUUUGUGUAGUGUGUCACAAAUUUAAGAAGGUUGUGUAUGCAAUAAGGCCCGACAGGGUGUCCGUAUACGUCAAAUAGAGUUUAUUCGACAUAUACAGACACCCUGAAGGGCCUUAUUGCAUAUAAUCCAGGUCAAAGAGUGGAUUAAAAAAAAAAAGCAGAAUUAAUUUUUAGGGCAACAUAUUAUUAUUAUUUUUUAUUAAAUAACCUUAUGCCAAUAAAAGGACCACAAAAGUAGUCCCAUUUAUAACUUUGAACUACACACUAAGUUAAGCUGAGUAAAUUGAUUUAAUUGAAACAUGCAAAAGUAGGUAAAUAUUUUUUUUUUAUGUGUUGAAUUGAACAUUGCCAUUGAAAAGAUCCACCAGGAGGCGGAGUUGAGACGACACUGACUUCAAUUUUGUUUCUGUGAGUACAAGAUGAUGUUGUUUCAGCAGAACUGGAGUAAAAAAAAUAAUAACGAUGUCUCAGAUUUCAGUAAUUUUUCAAGGUCUGUAUUGGAGAGGGGUGAAUAAUGUGCAGAAGUGUUUUUCUGUAGCAUUUACAAACCGCUUAAAAGUGACAAAGUCGGGGUGAGUGAGUAUAUUGACAGAUUCCCGAGUUUUCAUUUAGACAGUGGUUAAUUCCAGCUCAGAGACUAAUGUAGCUUGAAAUGUUAUAUUCUUCUCUGGGCAUUUCUUACAUUUUCAUAGAAAUCCCUUAGUGUUUUAUAAAGAUUUUCUUAAGAUGUGCAUUUUCUACAGUUGAGAAAAUUUCUUUUUUGUUUCAGCCAAUCCUGAAAGACAGUGAUUUUUUAAUUUAUAUUUUGGUCUUUUUUUCUGUUUUGCAAUCUUCCAGUUCAUUUAAUUGUUCUUCAUCCAAAUCGGCAUGUCUACUUACUACUUUGGGAUUUUUUGCUGGUAAUUGGUCACUCAAUUUCAUAGUUACAGCUGUACAUCUGUAACUGUAAAAGCAAGAUGGCUACCGUCUGAUACUUUUAAAUUCUGUGAGGCAGCGCAGUGAUUUGGAAUAUGUGACAAGGCUCCAACUGUCUGUAUCCAUCCAAUAUACAAACAGCUGGAACUUAACUCAACCAAUCACAUUGCUUGUUUCAUUUUCCAUUGCUAGCCCUAGAUUAUAAUACCUUGUAAACCCAUGUAAAAAAUAUGUGCUCCAUUGGUCAUUCCAAAAAAAAAGGCUUCCUGGGCUAUAAAACAGCUUGAAGGUGUUGUUUUUAACCUGGUAGUAUGCCCAUGUGACAUAAUGGCAAAAUAUUUCUGAUAGAGAACACAGACCAUGGGGAAAACAACAUAUACAGUAGCAAACAGAACAUGAGUGUAAAACAGUGCACCUAAAAGUGGUAACGUACAAUACAUGUGGGUUGAAUGUGUUAAAUACUAAAUAAAAAACAACAAAAACAUAAUUUCAUUGAAUUGUAAAAUCAAUGACAUUAACAUUUGGACUAAAUGUAUUUCUCAAUGACCCAGUUUCUUUAUAUAUGCUGAGUCGUCUUUAAUCCUUCAUCCAUAAAACAAUAAAAAGUGUUCAAUUUAGAAAUACUAAAAUAACAUUUGUAAAUUCAAAAACAAACAUUUUGACAAAUUGUUUCUUUGCCACUUCAACUUUUUUGACAAAAAAUCUUUCUCAAUGUCUUUAAUGUUAAAUAUACACAUUUAAUUGUAGUAUUCCUAAAUUUACCACUAUUGAGCACUACACUUUAAGAUAAUGCCUAAAGAGUCCUGUGAAUUCCAGUGCAUUAGCUGCUAUUCCUCAUUAUGAAUUGUGUCAUUAUGAAUAACGUCUUCAUUGUUAGCAGACAUUGAGAAAGACUUCAAGUUACUCAGAUGUUACUCCUAAUAAUCUUAUGAAACUCUAUUGAAAAUCAUAUGACUUUGCAACCAUUGUUUUAAAGUGUUACCGACUGUUUUAUAGUUACGGAUGAUGAGUUAAAUAUGGCACGCUACAGCAAUUUCUUCUAUAGCCUGUCUGGUUUGUACAGUAUAUAAGGAAAUUGCAGAGCGCAAUUGAGACUUAUGAUUUGUGUCAGUUUUUGAUUAACCACUUUACUGUUGUUAAAAAUAGGAAAUUGUAUGUAAUGAAGCAAUGGCUGAAAUGUCUUAAGUACAGGAUGUUGUUGCAGCAGGUAGUUGGUUGUCUAAUUUCCCAUUUCCCAAAGAAAACACUGAGUGCCACAUUCAUUAAGCAUUAGACAUCAGUAAGGACAAAGCCGUCCUAUGUGCAAACUGCUGUGCUAAUACUGCAUGAAGCCAAACGUUUUCCAAUAUUUUUGUAAAACGCAGCAAAUUUGACCAUAAAGGUUCUUCCCCAACUUUGAAUGAUGUAUUACUGUCACAGGUAUUAACUAACAUGACUGCUUCCGAUGAUAAACUCAGUUUGAUGUUUUUAUUGGUGUUGAGCUACUUUAAACUGCUCGUAUUUCUAAGGGUUGGAGAGUUCUGCUUAUUGCAACCAUUUCAAGGAGGAAAUUGGUUAUUUUCUAAGUUAGACCGUUUACAGACCUCCAUACAGCACCAAAGUAGUUAAAUGUCAUCAGCGCUUUUAAUGAUACAAUUACAAAAGACAUUCAGUUAAAAAAAAAAUUAAUCUGUUUUGCAUGUUCUUUAUUGUACAGUACAGAUGAAGAUAAUGUAUUUAAAUUAAUAAGCUGAUUUAAAAAAAAGAUAUAUGUGCAGAACUAUAGGCGCAUAUUGGGAUCAUACUGUAUACUGUACAAAUAAGAAACCAUUAAAACUAUUCUAAAAUUGUAGUAUGUCAUUAAUGUUUCUCGUAACAGAAAAAACAAGUUAUGGAAAUGCUGAAAACUGUAUUAGGAAUUUUAUUAAAUCUGGUAUAGGUACAGCUGGAUUUGUUUUAGCAUAUCCAAUGUUUGAAUCCAGCUGAUUUAGACUUGUAAAUGUUUAUAUUAAGAGAUUAUUCUGGCUGCACCAUUUUAUUAUAACUCAUGUGGUUCAGGGGACAGGAUCAAGGGCUCCUCCCCUGACAAUCUUCAAUCAGCUUGCUGGUUAAGCACCCUAUCAUUUUCGUUUGUCCCACCAUUUCUCCUCAUCAUUACCUCUGCCACUGCAUCUCCUCCCGGGGGCAGGCGAAGCUCGCCGCCCCACCUUAGAGCCUAGGCUGUGUUGGGUCUCACCUCCUCGAGGGUGGCUCUCAACAAGACGGAGGGGGCCCCCCCGGUCAAAUCCAUAGAAACCAAUUGAGUACAAAACCAUUCAAGCACAGAUCUACCUGACUCUUUGCAGACAUUGCUCCAAUCCAUAAAGGGUGUAUUGUUAUGGAGAAUCACUCUGGAUUGCAUCCCUGAAUUACAAAUAAAAAUGUGAAAUUCUCUGGGAACUUCUCUGGUGAUUUAAAAUGAUCUAAAAAAAUCCAGCUGUGGACAAAACAAUUAAAAUGACAUUUGAAGCUACUUACUCUUUAAAGUAAUUGUAGCUAACUAAAUAAUUCCACAAUUCUUACUUAUUUUGCACUUAAUUUAGCUAUAUAGUUCUCAAGUGUGCAUUUUUGAAGAAAAAAACGCAUUAUAGGAAGUAUUUUCACAUCUUGUACUACAGCAUUCAUGUUUAUCUGUUUUGUUUUUAUCUGCCUUUUUCAAAGGAAAUCUGUUAUUCUUGCAUUUUCUAGGUAAUUUCACCUCAGCAGUAUAUUCUAGGUCAAAGGAUGUUACUGUAAAAGCAGAUCAGUCAAUAGGGGAGUCAGUUUAUUGGUUAUUGACAGGAAAGAAGCCAUUGAAGGGGUGGGAAAAAUCUCACCUUCUAGUUGACACGACCAAGCAAGUACAACAUUAUCUGAAAUCAUUGACGUCCAACAGAAGUUUAUUUAACCAAGUGUAGUACUACAUAUCAUGUUUUAAAAUAUAAAUACAUGUUUACUGUGCAAAUGUAAAUAGUGUGUGGGGGAAUGUAAGGUUGGCAGGGAUGGGGUUAAAUCUGUCCCUGCUAACAAUCACGUGUGGCCAUUCUCCAAUUCGGUAAUUGAGUGCAUAUAAAAGGAGAGAAAUCCUUUGCUUGUGGAGAGGGAGUUUGGGUGUUUAUGAACUGUGUAAACUGUGUGUUUUUGACAAAAUCUGUAGUGAAGGCGAAUGCCCAGCCUACACAUGUUUAUUCUUUUGUGUAAACCUUUAUUUUGGCCUUCAUGCCGUGUUUCUUUGUGUUUUUUCUGUGUUGUUUAUUAAAUGUGCGCAACAGCACUUA